AAAUAACUUUAUGUGUUAUUAUUUUUGUUUAUUGCUAUGUAGUUUUUAUUUUAAAUGUUUUACAAUUAAUGAAUUAACAUUGUUUUAGUUUCGAAGAUCUGUUACAAAAACUCGUAACCUAAAUUUAACUAAGCAACACUAACGCGUCCUUAUGUCAAACAAAGUAAUUUCACUGUGUUGUUCUCGUACUAUUUUUUUAAAUAUAUUCCAACUAGAUAUAAUUAUACAAACUUUUUUAUUAUCCUUCAUCAAUGUCUGAAAAUGAAGAUACUUACUGUCGACUCUGUGCAGAACCAACGCCCGUUACUCAAUUGAUUUCGCCCGAUGAAAUCGAAGUGUUUACCCCAAAAGUAGCUGCGAAAUUAUCUUGGAUAAAUAUUGAUAUAUCAACUCCGAACGGUCUUCCGAAAACAAUAUGCUAUUCAUGCUUCGAUUUAUUAAAUAGAACCUGGUCUUUCCUUAACAACGUAAGAACAGCACAGGAGAAAUUAAAAGCUAUAUUCGUAAAGAAAACUGAACAAAAUAAUAAACAAAUUAUUGUCGAAACGAAUGAAAAACAAGAGAAUGUUCCUGGUAAGCCCGUGGAUAAGAACUGGGAAGACUUCCAGCGGCCUAAAAUAGAGAUUAAAAUUGAAGAGUCGAACGAUAAAGUACCUAUUGUGAAGAAUUCUGUUCUAAUACCAGAUGGUAGUGAUUGCGACCUAAUUAAAGCUGAAAAUGACACUGAUAACGAGGACCUCCAUAUUGAGUCCUCUCAUAAUGGCUUCUUGAGUUCAUCAGACAGUGAUUCACCUUUAAAAAAUAUAGCAAAAAAGAAAAAAUUUGCUCGGAAACGAAAGAAAGUAUCAAAAAGCGAUGAUAACUCAGACUUACCAAUCGACAUUCCGUCUUUUAACAUAACGUGGGACAAUCAGUCCUGCAGAUGUGCUAAGUGUGAUGCUCUCUGCCAGAGUAUUAUGUCGUUACAGCUCCAUUCGUUACAAAUUCAUAAUCAGUGUUGCUUAUUUAAAUGUAUAGACUGUGAAAAGAUAGUUAGUACGUACAGAUCAAUAGUUCGACACAUACGGACACACAAUAAUGCGCUGAGACACUGCUGCGAAUACUGCAAUAAGGUAUUCUUACGAACGUCAGAACUUAAUAUACACAAAGUAAAAGAUCAUAAAGAUAUUUACAAAACGAAGUGUACAUACUGUGGCACUUCCUUUGAAACUGAAGAUGAACUGAAAGAGCAUAAAUCAAUAUUCUUCAACAGCUCAAAAAGAAUAUCAAAGAACGUCAAAGUUGUAAAUGACGAGAAACAAUCGAAUUGCAAAUGCGAUCUUUGCGACAAAGUAUUUAAGAACAGACAGAAUCUCUACCAACACAGGGUGCUCCACACGGAACGAAGUAGAAACUUUGCGUGCCACGUCUGCGGUAAAAUGUACUACACGAAAGGAAGCCUCAGUGCCCAUAUGAGAACACACGAGGAAGCUAAACCUUAUAAAUGUGAUCACUGUCCCCGAGCGUUCCACGCGAAAGGAAAUCUCAUAUCGCAUCUAAGCCUACAUUCGGGCUUGAAACCAUUCAUAUGUGAACAGUGCGGCAAGAGUUUCCGAGUUAAACGGCACUUGAUCUCCCAUUCAAUCGUUCAUACAGACUUAAGGCCGUAUGUUUGUGAAUACUGCAAUAAAACAUUCCGUUUCAAGACUCGAUUAAACUUACAUGUAAGACAACAUACAGGCGUUAGGCCGUAUAAGUGCGUGUACUGUCAACGAGAUUUUACAAAUGGUUCAAAUCAUAAGAAACAUAUGUAUAGACGACAUGGUAUUGACACAUCGUCGCGAAAUAAAUAUAACGUUGUCUAUAAAGAGGAUGAAUAAUCUAUAAUUAUAUGAUAAUAAUGGUAGCAUUACAAAAGUGUCUGGAACAUUUACAUUACAUUAUUUAGAUUUUAAUUAAUUUUAUAUAUUUAUUGAAAUAAUUCAUAUUAUUAUGAAGCAAUAGGC